AGGUCAUGCGACUGAUCCCAUGGCAGCAGUGGUUGCAGACUAACGCAGCACCAGUGAUUGGUUUUUAUUGGAAAAAAGAAAGAAAAAAAAAAUAAGCGAGAUCUGUAGGUAAUACUCACAAAAGCGAAGAAGACGAAUAGUUUAAACAACGACCGGCAGAAGGAUGGAGUGAAGGAAAAGAAUGAAUGAAGGAUGGAUGGAUGGAUGGAUGGAUGGAUGGAUGGAUGGAUGGAUGGAUGGAUGGAUGGACGGAUGGAUGGAUGAAGGGAAAUGGAAGGAAAAUAAGGAAUUGGGAGGGGAGGAGGAGCGAGUGCUGGGUUGAGUGACUAAAAAGGGAGGGAAAGAAAGGAUGUGGAGGAAGAGACCGCCUUUUUUUGCUGUGGGCUGUGGCCAGAGAGAGAGAGAGAGAGAGAGAGAGAGAGAGAAGAGAGGGGAACGGGCCCCACAUGCAGCAUGCAGCAGCGAGGACGAAAGAGAGAGAAGGGCGGCAAAGUGAAAAUGCGGAAAUGUGGGACAACGAGAGAGAAGGGGGGAGAAAGAGCUGAGAAAUGCGUUCAAAGUUACGGCCAGGCAUGUGACUGCGACGGCGAUUUAUUUUAUUUAUUUUUUUUCUUUUUCCCUCGCUCUCUUGGUCUACGGUGCACACUCCGCAUGAAAGGGAAAAGGGAAAAGGGAAAAGGGAAGAGGAAAGGGAAAGAGUUUCCUGUUUGUGUUCGACUUUCUUUCUUUUUGACUCACACCUCCUAUCCUCUUUAUUUCCCUUCCCUUCCCUUUUCUUCUCUUCCCUUCCCCCACUCCUUUUUGCCCUCCUCUUCCUUACUUCCUGCCACUUACAUUCACUUGAGCACUCUGCUUCUUGCAUCCUCUUCAUCUCCCUUCCUUCUUUUUACACCAGACAAGUGGCAGCCUACAGGUGAUAGGGACAGAGACACUUCACUUCACUUCACUUCACUUCCCGGGAAUAUAUCUUCAACCAUGGCUCCAACCAUCAUCGAAUCCAGAAAACCACAGUAUCUGACUGCAGAGUGCAUCAGCUGCAACACCCCCGUCGAGUUCCUGAUGCCACAGACCACAGGAGAGACCAUUUACAUCGAGUGCUAUGCCUGCAAACAGGUCCUCAGUAUCGAUAUCCAAUACCCUCAAAAGGGUGCCGCCGCCUCUGCUUCCACCGGAACAAAAAGUGCACCCAACAGCAGCAGCUCCUCCGCCAACAACAAGACAACUUCUAAGCCAAAGAAGACAGGCGCAGGCACAGAUGCUAGUCCCCUCGAAACCGAGCUCUACGAUAUCCUGGGCGUGCCUGUGGAUGCUACUCCUGCUCAGAUCAAGAAGAACUACAGGGCCCUGGCCUUGCAAAACCACCCCGACAAGAAUCCAGACCCCGACUCACAUGAAAAGGUGAAUAACAUGCGAUUACGACACAUGUCAUUACGGUAACCUUUCUCUUCAUCCCCUUCAGCCAACCCGCCAACCAAGAGACGACUGUAACUGGGAUGGACCAUUGGAACAUGGCAAUGUCAUCAAGUCAAGACUAUGGACUCGCGGAUAGCAGCAUCGGCAUUCAAUGGAUAUUA